AUGUUAUAUAGUCAAAAAGUUAAACAUCAUUAUGCUCCUGGUUCGAUUUUACUCUUGAAUGCAAAUAGUGUCUUAGGUAAAAUUGAUCCUGACUCAAACAGUCCACUAGCUCUUCAAAAAUUUGAUUUACUCCUAAACAUCUUACAGUCAGAUGGACCUCUUGUUGUUGCUGUAACUGAAACCUGGCUUAGUCGAAAUAUAGGCAGUUCAAAAUUUUUAGUUUCAGGCUAUCAACCCGUAAUUAGAUGUGAUCGUGUAGGAAAACGAGGCGGUGGGAUUCUUACGUUUGUUCGUGAUGAUGUACAAGUAAAACGACUCAUUCCUUAUGAAGAUCAGGACUUUGAAACGCUAUUUUUAGACUCAAAACUUCACAAGGGUAAAACCUGUUUAUUAGCCGUAUGUUACCGUCCAGACUGGGUUGGUCAUGUAAAUUUCAAUGAACACCUUUCGUGUGUUCUUCAUAAAGUUCGCUCUAAUACACAUCGUCAAUCUGAUUCUAUCGUAAUUAUUGGUGACUUUAGUGCUCAUUCGGCUAAGUGGUGCCCACUAAACCGUCAACUAUUGAAGGGGAUGCUUUUUACGAUUUCUCGCUCAGUGAAGGUCUUACUCAACUUGUUAAUCAGCCCACACGAAUUAAAUCUAAAUCUUGUCUUGAUCUAAGUCUAACUAACAAUUCUUCUUGCGUAUCUAAUUUAAAUGUUGGUAGUUCACUCUGUCUGUCUCGGGAUCAUUCUAUUAUUCAGUUUAGUCUAUUCUCACAAAGGCAAAUUCGCUUUGAGUAUAAACGUAAAAUUUAUGACCAUCAAAAUACAGAUUAGAAUGUCUAUCGAGAUCAAUUAGCUUUAGUUGACUGGUUUUCUAUAGUUCAACAGUACUCUUCGAUUGAUGAUAAAAUUAAGGCCUUCACAGAAGUUUUUCUUCAGAUUGCUGAUGCAUAUAUUAUGCACAAAACUAUCAUCAUCUCAUC